AUGGAAGGAUCAACAUUAUCAAAUGCACUUUGUAUAUCAAUAAAUGCACAAAAUGUAGUUGCAUGUCUGGCAAAAGAAUUUAUAUCUGAGAUCAAAGAGGCAAAACUCUCUGCUGCACUUUUUCCUUUCCGGAAACCAAAUUGUUGUUCAGAAGGUGUUGUUAUGGGUGCAUAUUUAUCUAAAAACGAAGGAAUCCAAUCAUCAUUUUUUGAUGGCUUAUGUAUAGGCACUCUCUUAAAUCUCCUAAUAUAA